AUGGGGAACACCAUCAAGGCCCUUGUGGCCUUCAUCCCUGCUGACCGUUGCCAGAACUAUGUGGUCGGAGACCUCCAGGAGAUGCCACUGGACAAGAUGGUGGAUCUGAGUGGGAGCCAGCUACGCCGCUUCCCUGUGCAUGUGUGCUCCUUCACAGACCUGGUCAAGCUCUACCUCAGUGACAACCACCUCAAUAGCCUGCCUCCAGAGCUGGAGCAGCUGCAGAACCUGCAGAUCUUAGCCUUGGAUUUCAACAACUUCAAGGCUUUGCCUCAAGUGGUAUGUACCUUAAAACAGCUCUGCAUCCUCUACCUGGGCAACAACAAACUCUGCAACCUCCCUAAUGAGCUGAGGCUGCUCCAGAACCUCCGGACCCUUUGGAUCGAAGCUAACUGCCUCACCCAGCUGCCGGACGUGGUCUGUGAGCUGAGUCUCCUUAAGACUUUGCAUGCAGGCUCCAAUGCCCUGCGUCUCCUACCCGGCCAGCUCCAGCGCCUCGGCGAGCUAAGGACCAUCUGGCUCUCAGGAAACCUGUUGACUGAAUUCCCCGCUGUGCUGCUUCAGAUGCCUUUACUGGAGAUAAUUGAUGUGGACCGGAACAGCAUCCGUUACUUUCCCAGUCUGGCCCACUUGUCAGGUCUGAAGCUGGUUAUCUAUGACCAUAAUCCUUGCAGAAAUGCGCCCAAGGUAGGGAAGGGUGUGCGCCGUGUUGGAAGAUGGGCAGAGGAAACACCAGAGCCUGACCCCAGAAAAGCCAGGCGCUAUGCAUUGGCCAAGGAAGAAAGCCAGGAGCCACUGGCCCCUGCCCUAUGUCCUUCUCUUUCUCCCAAUUCUUAA